CUUAGUUCCACGAGCUAAACAUUAAGAGAUAUCAACUUACACGUACUUACUUACACAUCAUCAUAUUCGAUUACCUACGUUUACAUAUCUAACUGUAACCACUUAUCAAAUGGAUGAAAACAUAUCUUACGGGGUUGUUGUUGUUGUUGGAACGAAUUACGAAGGAUUCAAUUUUCAUAAUAAUUCGAAAACGAUUUAGGGGUGCCGAAAAGCGAAAAAAAUAGGAAGAAGAACCAGAAUAUCACGGUGGAACGAAAACGAAACGGUGGAAUGAUGUAGCUGUGUUGGCUUAAGGUUGGGUUGUUUUCUUUUUUCUAGAGCUUGAGAGGAGAAAGCACACAUAGAAUUGAAUAUAAUAAUUCUAUAGAAAACGAAAUAGAAGAAGAAGAUAUUAACAUCCUGCUAUUUGGUCUGGCCUAAGUCAUGGAUCAUCGAUAUGCCGAUAUAAGCGGCAUUGAAAGCUCCGAAGGAUAUAUUAAUUCGACAUUGGAUGCCAAUAACAGAACUAAUCCGAUAUUUUCAAUCAAACCUGACUUUAUAACGCAGUGGAGAAUCCAAAAAGAACAAGAAAACAUUUGCAAAUCCUUAUACCAGCGCAUUGUCAAACACACCGAAUGUCAAAACUAUUUAGCCCUAUAUCGUUCAUUAUUCGAGAAUGCAAAUGAAAUACCAGGUUGGAGCAAUUCCGACAGUGACGAUAAUACACUCUAUGACAAUAAAUCAGCAAAUGCAACUUCGGCGGUGACAGGAAAAAAUACAUCAUCUGACGAUGAUGGACCUGCAUUGGUAUUGCCACCAUUUGAUUUGUGGCAGACAAUAGUGAUUGCCGUGUGCCUGGCGAUAUGCAUUAUCCUCACAGUGGGUGGAAAUAUUUUGGUCCUGUUGGCAUUUAUAGUUGACCGCAGUAUACGACAGCCGAGUAAUUAUUUUAUUGCAUCUUUGGCAGCAACGGAUAUGCUUAUUGGAACGGUGUCCAUGCCCUUUUACACUGUCUAUGUUCUGAUGGGUUACUGGGAUCUAGGACCAUUGUUAUGUGACCUUUGGCUCUCUGUCGACUACACCGUUUGUCUAGUCUCACAAUACACAGUCCUAUUGAUCACAAUCGAUCGGUUUUGUUCAGUGAAAAUUGCCGCAAAAUAUCGCAGCUGGCGAACUAAAAACCGCGUCAUUUUCAUGGUCACAAUAACAUGGAUCAUUCCAGCGUUACUAUUUUUCAUUUCAAUUUUCGGCUGGGAACACUUUACCGGCAAACGUGACCUCCUGCCCGGUCAAUGUGCCGUACAAUUCCUUAAAGAUCCCGUCUUCAAUACUGCCCUCAUUAUUGGCUACUAUUGGACGACUUUGGUCGUCUUAUUUAUCUUAUACGGGGGCAUUUAUAAAACUGCCUAUGAAAUGCAAAAACGCAGUGAAGCCAAGCAACGAAAGAUGCAGUCAAUGGUGGCCUUGAGUGCAGGUGCCAUGACCGGCAUGGCCGGUCGUGCUGCAGGUAUUGGCAUCACUGACGGCUGUGCCGGUCAAAAAUCUGGCAACACUGCUGCUGCUUCAAUUAUGCCCACAUCCAAUCAAACAUCAUCGACUUCUUCAGAUCCAAAAGAGGCUCCACCUGUUGCUCGAAAAGAGUCUACUCACGCCGAAUUGCAACAUGCAAAUGAGCUUGAGAAGACCGAAGAUAAGACGAAACGAGAUGUUGCCGAAGCCGAAAAAAGUGAACGCUCCAGCAGUCCGGCCUUCGACUCCGAUGACGAAAGCUCGGUAAAUCAGAUUCAAGCUUCAAAUCAACAACAGCAACAACAACAAUUGGCAAUGUUGCGAAAGCGUUCCUCAAUCGGUCUUGUAUUUGGCGCCCAGGCAGCUCUUCUUGCCACCCGGAGUAAAGGUAACGUAAUUUCCAAUCCUCUACCCGAGGAGAUCCGUUUGAAAUCCGAUGCUGAAAUUCUUUCCUACAUCCCAGAGAAUUUGCACGGCGAUGACAAUAAAAACUCUCCACUCUCCCCCGUCGACAUUGAUCCUAUCGAAGUGCCCAAGGAACAGGUAAUUCCAUGUCUUGUCCAGGCUAUCCUACCCCCACCCGAAGGCUUUCAAUGUCAUUCACCUUUAUCCGAAAGCUCUGAUAAGCAAUUAGGAAGUGCUACCAGUGAUCUUACAGCUACUUACUAUGACGUCAUGAAGAGCAUGGACGGUGCUGAUUUACGGUACAUGGAUGAAAGCUCCAUAAUUCUCCCUUCGCCGAACCAAGAGAGUCUCUCAACAUCCUACAGCUUCCCCCCACACAAGAUUCCACCCGUUAAUGCAGCUGCCCAAGCCAAUCAAACGGUCACCAAUCCAACACUCUUACAAAAGGCUCUAAUCCGAGCGGCUGCCCAAAGCCAGAAUGCACCCGCUACCCAUCAUCAAAAUCAGAACCCCAAAUCCCAGUCCCAGCUUAUCGAAGUUGAAACUAAUAAAAAUAACGAUUUAUCUUCACAUCCAGGAUCUAGCAAGGACAUUAAUGUCAAGAUCUUGGAAAAUGUCCAAGAGGUCCCCACGACGACAAUGACAAUGACAACGGUCACAACAACCCUGGUCUCUCAGGCAUCUGCAACGAAGCCCCAGCCGGUUGUAACCACCACCAAUAAAAUAGACUGCAAUACCGACAAGGAACCAUCUAAAGCUGCGCCAAGUACGAGUUCCGGUUCGACGUCAAUCGGUGGAGGCAAACCCACACAAACCGAUGACUCGUCACCAGCCACUGGCGGCAUUCAAUCUAGCCGAACUUCAAGCAAGAGAGAUUUCAUACGCUCCAUUGGCCAACAUUUAAAAGGUCGAAAGAAAAUUCCACUUAGCAUUCGACGGCAAAAGUCGAAAUCGGAGAAUCGAGCACGCAAAGCCUUCCGCACAAUUUCAUUCAUUCUCGGAGCAUUUGUGGCGUGUUGGACACCAUAUCAUGUGUUAGCCCUGGUUGAGGGCUUUUGCUCCAAUCCACCUUGCACAAAUGAGCACCUUUACAUGUUCUCGUACUUUUUAUGCUACGCAAAUAGCCCGAUGAAUCCAUUUUGUUAUGCUCUAGCUAAUCAGCAAUUUAAGAAAACCUUUACAAGAAUUCUUAAAGGUGACCUUCAUAUGACGUAAACACAAAACACACACAUACACACAUUAAAAAAAAAAAACAACACAUAUCUAAAUUAAAAAUUACAAAAAAUAGUUAAACUUACAAUUUUUUUUGGAAAAAAAAUAAUAAUCAAGUCAAUUGUCAAUUUGAAAAAUUAAAUAAAAAUAAAAAAACAAAUUAAAUUAUUAAAUAUAAAAAAUUAUAUAUACAAAAAAAAAAACA